UAUCUGUGUGUAUCAUGUCAGAGGAACCAGAAGAGGAAUGGCAGGCACAGGAUGCAAUUGCUAAAGAUAAAAAUCUGCAGCAAUCUUCCCCAGUGAGAAAAACAUUUGAAGAGGAUCCUGAUGACAGCGAUAAUCCAAAAGAAGAAGAAGAAGAGGUUGAAGUUCUAAUUAAGAGUGGUAAGAAGGAGAAGAAGGCACAAGAAAAUGAAUGGUCACCAAGAAAGAAUGCCUUCUUUUUCUCCAAGUAUAUCAGUUUCUUCUGGAUGACAAGUUUAUUUGUGAAAGGUUCCAAAGCAACAUUAGAACAAGAGAACUUAGAAGGUGUUAUGCCUGAAGAUUGUAUACAUCCUCUUACAGAAGCACUUGAAAGAAAUUGGUACCGUGAAGCUUACGAUGAAAAUGGUAAAAUGAAGAAAAAUGUCAGUCUUGGUAAAGCUUUAGUCCGGACUUUUGGUGUACGCUACAUGCUUAUUGGCUUGUUACCUUUGACAGCUGAGAUUCUUCGUCUUGCACAGCCUAUGUUUAUGGGUUUUAUAAUAGAGUACUUUGAACCUGGUGAUAAUAUAUCUUUGUCAAACGCUUAUUGGUCGGCAUUUGCAAUGGUUUUUUGUUUCGUUGGUCAGAGUUGGGUCACUGUUCCAUUUAACUAUCUGAAACAAACAUAUGGUGUACAUGUUCGGGUUGCUAUAACUGGUCUAAUAUACAAGAAGGUUAUGAACUUAAGUUUCAAAGCAUUGGCUCAUUCAACAACUGGUUUUAUAGUUAACUUAGUUUCAAAUGAUGCUACAAAAUUUGAAAUUGCAGCCUUCUUUUUGCACUAUUUAUGGAUUGGACCUAUUGAAAUCAUUAUUGUUGUGGUGCUGUUAUAUGGAGAGUUGGGUCCUUCAGCUUUUGCUGGUAUUGGUGCGUUACUUCUCUUGACACCCUGUCAACUUGUGAUGGGUAGGCUGAUUAUGUACUUUAGACGUAAAAUAUUAAAACACACAGAUGAGCGAGUAAAAAUUAUGAAUGAAAUCAUCACAGGAAUGAAAGUUAUCAAGUUGUAUACAUGGGAGGAUUCCUUUUCCCAGUGGAUUCGAGAAUUACGAGGGAAGGAGAUAAAGGCGAUCAGACAUCUUGCUUGGACUCGUGCUACCAUCAUGUCAUUUUUCUUCAGUGCAAAAGCAAUAGUCAGCCUUGUUACAUUUGCAACAUACGUUCUCAGUGGAAACUCUCUCACUCCUCAAAAAGUCUUUAAAACCCUGGUGUUGUUUAAUGUGGCAAAAACUAUGUUUACGUUGUACUUUCCUAUUGGAAUAACACUGUUUAACGAAGGACGAGUUGCUCUGGAAAGGGCUCAGAGAAUAUUAUGUGAAGAAGAUAUGGACUCUGAUAAUACUUCUCACCAAGCCCUGCGUCCAAAACCAGAAGACUGUGGCGUGACUGCAGAAAAUGCAACAGCACAAUGGACAGUGGACUCCCAAACUCUGAAAGGAAUAGAUUUUGAAGUAAAAGCGGGACAAUUAUUAGCCAUUGUUGGUCCAGUUGGCAGUGGGAAAUCAUCCUUACUGAUGUCAGUUCUUGGCGAAUUACCCUUAACAGAGGGAAAGAUGGAUGUAAAAGGAAAAAUCGCAUACUCCAGCCAAGAGCCAUGGAUUUUUAAUGGUACUGUGAGAUAUAACAUUACUUUUGGUCAUGAAUUUGAUGAACAAAGAUACAAAGAAGUUAUUGAAGCUUGUGCUCUCACCAGGGAUCUUGAAUUAUUACCUCUUGGAGAUAGAACAUUAGUUGGCGAGAGAGGUGUGUCUCUCAGUGGUGGUCAGAAAGCAAGAGUUAACCUAGCAAGAGCGGUAUAUGCUGAUGCUGAUAUAUACAUCAUGGAUGAUCCAUUAAGUGCUGUUGAUGCUAAUGUUGGUAGACAUCUUUAUGAGAGGUGUAUAAAUGGAUAUCUUGCUGAUAAACCUAGAAUCUUAGUGACUCAUCAACUGCAAUAUUUAACAGAUGCUGAUAUUAUUGUUGCAUUAUCAAAUGGUAAAAGUAUUGGCAAAGGCACAUUUUCAGAGCUGUCAGAAAUGGGCAUUGAUUUCAUGAAUUUGCUGACAAAAGAAGACGAAGGAGAUACUGGUAUUGAUAGCGGUGAUGAGUUUGAUGAAAUGGGGCGAAUAGAAGCUGCCAAGCGAAGAUUUAGUCGACAGCUUAGCUGUAAUGCAGGCGAAUUAGAAAUUAUGUCCCCUCCUCGUAAACGUGCUGUGAGCUUUCAACGGCAAGUUACGCAAACAUCUUAUCGUUCCAGAUGUGAUUUUACUGAGUCGUCAGCUGCUAUCGCGCAUGAUGUGGGUGAAACCCUCACCUUUGAAGAAACAACAGAUGAUGUCAUACCAAAAGAAACUAAAAUGGAAGGAGCUGUUGGAUCAGCUGUGUUAUUUCAAUUCUUUCAAGCGGGUUAUGGAAAGAUCGUCUGGGUGUUUCUCUUCAUUUUAUUUGGAAUAUGUCAAUUUGUAUUUGUGUAUGCUGAUUGGUGGCUAGCCGAAUGGUCUACCAAAGAGGCAAUAUCAAGCGCUCAAAAUAAAGAAUAUGCUGACAGAAACAGAGAUUUAGGAAUUUACACGUUAUUAGCUGUAUUGUUAAUAACAUUAGGAUUAACCCGUGCUUUGCUCUUCUUUCAAGUCAUGUUAAAAGCAACGAUGAGUAUUCAUUUGGUGAUGUUUGAUGCAUUGAUGAGAGCACCUAUUUACUUCUUCGACACAAAUUCCAUUGGUCGAAUUUUGAACAGAUUUUCUAAAGAUACCAGUUUGGUGGACGAUAUGUUUUGCUUUUCGUGCUUUGAUCUUCUUCAGUCUGGUCUUGUAGUGAUUGGUAUAUUUAUAUUGAUAGUAAUUAAAAUGCCACUGAUCCUAGCGUUAGUUAUACCCAUCCUCAUUGCGUUUAUUAUGUUACGUGUCUACUACAUCAAAACUGCUCGUGAACUGAAACGUAUUGAAAGUAUAGCUCGCAGUCCAAUAUUUGGUCAUUUCUCAACAACCUUGCUUGGAUUACCAACUAUCAGAGCUUUCCGUGUACAAGACAAGUUCUUCGAUAUUCUAGCUGAGGCGCAGAACGCACACACUGAAGCCUACAUGUCGUUUCUUGGUGCAGCAGGGUGGCUAUCAUUCAACUUGGACUUACUUUGUGGAUUGUUUAUCGUCUUUGUUUGUUUUGUAUGUCUUAUACUUCGAAACGAAUUUGAUGAUGCUGGUGUUGUUGGUUUGUUACUGUCAUACGCAAUCAGUGUGCCGUUAGCCUUCCAAAAUAGCGUGAGACAAAGUACGGAAGUUGAAAACCAGUUUACUUCUGUGGAACGGAUUCUCGAGUAUGGUGAACUGGAGUCUGAACCGCCACAGAGAACAGAUCUGGUACCAGAGAAAGACUGGCCAAAGCGUGGAUCUGUGGUGUUUGAUCGCUUGAAUUUUACCUACCAUAAAAGUUUGCCCAAUGUGCUUCAUUGUAUUACUGCUCAUAUCAAGUCUCAAGAGAAGAUUGGUGUUUGUGGACGUACAGGUGCUGGGAAAUCAUCCUUAUUGUCAACGUUGUUUCGAACUUCAGAACCAGGUGGUUUGAUUGAGAUUGAUGGAAUAGAUAUUACAAAGAUUGGAUUAAAAGACCUGAGAAGCAAACUGUCUAUUAUUCCACAGGAACCAAUACUAUUCAGUGGUACAAUGCGAAAGAAUGUCGACCCUUUUUCAAAUUAUUCUGACGAAGAAUUAUGGGAAGUGCUUGAAGAGGUUCAGUUAAAAGAAGCUGUUUCAGAACUUCCUGGCAAACUAGAAAGCCUAAUGGCGGAAUCAGGCGGUAACCUGAGUGUUGGUCAGAGGCAGCUCGUAUGUUUGGCCCGUGCUAUUUUGAAACGAAAUCGAGUACUUGUUGUUGAUGAAGCGACAGCCAAUGUUGACCCGAAGACGGACGCUUUGAUUCAAGAAACCAUUCGUGAAAAAUUUAAAGAGUGUACCGUGUUGACUAUUGCGCAUAGAUUGCACACUAUAAUGGAUUCCGAUCGUAUUAUGGUUCUCGAUGCCGGUAACUUAAAAGAGUUCGACGAACCCUACAUGUUAUUGCGGUGUAGAAACAGCAUGCUGUACAGUCUGGUGGCGCAAACAGGACACCAAGAAGCGCAAAAUCUGUUCGAGAUGGCUAUAAAAGCCCACACACUAAGACACAAGAAAGCCAAAAUUACGGACGCUCAUAUGGGAGACUGUGGCGAAUGCUGUAACUGUGGCAAAGAGGAUCCCGGGAUAGUUGUCGAUAUCACUGAUGUAAUUACUGAAGAAGAAAGCGGAACGACGGAGAGUAGCGAAACAAUUGACGAAGAAAAAACUGCGAAGGAUGAAUAAAUCAUCUGGAAACUAGGACUUUUUUAUUACUAUUUUUAAUUUUCUCUGUACUGUAUAGCACUUAUAUUAAUUUUAAAUUAUGUACCCGACUGUAACUUUUAUACGACGCAUGAAAUUUGCGAGUCAUUGAGUAUUUGCGAAUAUGUGAACUUUUGAACUGAAGAUAGAAACUUGAUACUGAAA